GGAAGAGCCCUGCUGGAUGUCCGCGGAGAGAUGGCUUUGAGCUCAGCCUGGCGCUCCGUCCUGCCCCUUUGGCUCCUCUGGGGCGCUGCCUGCUCCGGCGCCGCGUCCGGGGACUACAACGCUUUCCCGUUUGACAUUGAAGGGAGCUCAGCGGUUGGCAGGCAGGACCCGCUGGAGACUAGCGAGCCCCGCGUGGCCCCGGGACGCCCGCCGCCGGCUGCCCAGCACUGUGGCGCUGGAUUCUUUCGCAGCCUGGCAGGAGAAUGUGUGCCUUGUGUCUGUAAUGGUAAUUCCGACGAGUGUCUGGAUGGCUCUGGAUUCUGUGUGCACUGCCAGAGGAACACAACAGGAGAGCACUGUGAGAGAUGUCUGGACGGUUAUAUUGGAGAUUCUAUCAGGGGCACACCCCGGUUCUGCCAACCGUGCCCCUGUCCCCUGCCCCACCUGGCCAAUUUUGCAGAAUCCUGCUAUAGGAAAAAUGGAGCAGUUCGGUGUAUGUGCAAAGAAAACUAUGCAGGACCUAACUGUGAAAGGUGUGCUCCUGGUUACUAUGGAAACCCCUUGCUCAUCGGAAGCACCUGUAAGAAAUGUGACUGCAGUGGAAAUUCAGACCCCAAUCUGAUCUUUGAGGACUGUGAUGAAGUCACGGGCCAGUGCAGAAAUUGCUUACGCAACACCACUGGGUUCAAGUGUGAACGCUGUGCUCCUGGCUACUACGGGGAUGCCAGAAUAGCCAAGAACUGUGCAGUGUGCAACUGUGGGGGAGGCCCAUGUGACAGCGUAACCGGAGAGUGCUUGGAAGAAGGUUUUGAACCCCCUACAGGCAUGGACUGCCCAACCAUAAGCUGUGACAAGUGCGUCUGGGAUCUGACCGAUGACCUGCGGCUGGCAGCGCUGUCCAUCGAGGAAAGCAAAUCCGGGCUGCUGAGUGUGUCCUCGGGGGCCGCCUCUCAUAGGCACGUGAAUGAAAUCAACGCCACCAUCUACCUCCUCAAAACAAAAUUGUCAGAAAGGGAAAACCAGUAUGUCCUAAGAAAGAUACAAAUCAACAAUGCUGAGAACACGAUGAAAAGCCUUCUGUCUGAUGUUGAGGAAUUAGCUGAAAAGGAAAGUCAAGCUUCAAGGAAGGGGCAGCUGGCUCAGAAGGAAAGCCUGGACACCAUUAACCACGCAACCCAGCUUGUACAGCAAGCCCAUGAUAUGAGGGAUAAAAUCCAAGAGAUCAACAACAAGAUGCUGUAUUAUGGAGAAGAGCAAGAACUUAGCCCGGAGGAAAUCGCUGAGAAGUUAGUGUUGGCCCAGCAGAUGCUUGAGGAGAUAAGACACAAGCCACCAUUCCUCGCCCAGCAGGAGCUUGUGGACGAGGAGGCGGACGAGGCCUACGAACUGCUGAGCCAGGCUGAGAGCUGGCAGCGGCUGCACAACGACACUCGGGCUCUGUUUCCUGUUGUCCUGGAGCAGCUGGACGACUACAAUGCCAAAUUGUCAGACCUCCAGGAAUCACUUGACCAGGCCCUUGACCGUGUCAGGGAUGCUGAAGACAUGAACCGGGCCACAGCAGCCAGGCAGCGGGACCACGAGAAGCAGCACGAGAGAGUGAGGGAGCAAAUGGAAGUGGUGAACACCUCCCUGAGAGCAUCUGCACACUCUCUGACCAUGCCGCGUCUGACACUUUCAGAACUUGAUGAUGUAAUAAAGAAUGCAUCAGGAAUUUAUGCAGGAAUAGAUGGAGCCACAAAUGAACUACAAGUAAAACUCUCUAACUUGAGUAACCUCAGCCAUGAUUUAGUCCAAGAAGCCACCGACCAUGCACAGAACCUCCAACAAGAAGCUGAUGAAUUGAUCAGAAAAUUGCACAGUUCAGAUAUGAAUGGGCUGGUACAGAAGGCUUUGGAUGCAUCGAACGUCUAUGAAAAUAUUGUCAAUUAUGUUAGCGAAGCCAAUGAAACAGCAGAAUUCACUCUGAACAUCACCGACCGAAUCUAUGAUGCUGUGAGUGGGAUUGAUACUCAAAUCAUUUACCAUAAAGAUGAAAGCGAGAACCUCCUCAAUCAAGCCAGAGAACUCCAAGCAAGGGCGGAUUCUAGCAAUGAAGAGGCAGUGGCUGACACCAGCAGGCGUGUGGGGGGAGCCCUGGCAAGGAAGAGCGCCCUAAAAAACAGACUAAAUGAUGCUGUGAAACAGCUGCAAGCAGCGGAGCGAGGUGACGCUCAGCAGCGCCUGGGUCAGUCCCAGCUGAUCACCGCAGAAGUGAACAAGACGACAAUGGAGGUGCAACGGGCCACCGCCCCGAUGGCCAACAAUCUAACCACCUGGUCACAGAACCUCCAGCGUUUUGACUCGUCUGCUUACAACACUGCUGUGGAUUCUGCCAGAGACGCAGUAAGAAAUCUGACAGAGGUUGUCCCUCAGCUCCUGGAUCAGCUUCGCGUGGUGGAGCUGAAGCGGCCAGCAAGCAAUGUCUCUGCCAGCAUCCAGAGGAUUCGAGAGCUCAUUGCUCAGACCAGAAGCGUGGCCAGCAAGAUCCAAGUCUCCAUGAUGUUCGAUGGCCAGUCGGCCGUAGAAGUGCACCCCAAGACCAGUGUGGAUGACUUGAAGGCCUUCACAUCCCUGAGCCUGUACAUGAAACCUCCCGUGAAGUCACCAGAGCUGGCGGGACCUGCAGAUCAGUUCGUCCUGUACCUCGGAAGCAAAAAUGCCAAAAAAGAGUAUAUGGGUCUUGCAAUCAAAAACGAUAACCUGGUAUAUAUCUAUAAUUUGGGAGCUAAGGAUGUGGAGAUUCCCCUUGACUCCAAACCCGUCAGUUCCUGGCCUGCUCACUUCAGCAUUGUCAAGAUUGAAAGGAUAGGAAAACAUGGGAAAGUGUUUCUAACAGUCCCAAGUCUAAGUAGCACCGCAGAGGAGAAGUUUAUUAAAAAGGGGGAGUUUGCGGGAGAUGACUCCUUGCUGGACCUGGACCCUGAGGACACUGUGUUCUAUGUUGGUGGAGUGCCUUCGAACUUCAAGCUUCCUGCCCCCUUAGACCUACCUGGCUUUGUCGGCUGCCUGGAAUUGGCCACGCUGAAUAAUGAUGUGAUCAGCUUGUACAACUUUAAGCACAUCUACAACAUGGACCCCUCCACGUCAGUGCCCUGUGCCAGAGACAAACUGGCCUUCACUCAGAGUCGGGCUGCCAGUUACUUCUUCGAUGGCUCUAGUUAUGCUGUGGUGAGGGACAUCACGAGGAGAGGGAAAUUCGGUCAGGUGACUCGCUUUGACAUAGAAGUUCGAACACCAGCUGACAACGGCCUUAUUCUCCUGAUGGUCAAUGGCAGUAUGUUUUUCCGCCUGGAAAUGCGCAGUGGUUACCUACACGUGCUCUACGACUUCGGCUUCAGCAACGGCCCCGUGCACCUGGAAGACACGUUGAAGAAAGCUCAGAUUAAUGAUGCAAAAUACCACGAGAUCUCAAUCAUUUACCACAACGAUAAGAAAAUGAUCUUGGUAGUUGACAGACGACAUAUUAAGAGCAUGGAUAAUGAAAAGAUGAAAAUACCUUUCACAGAUAUAUACAUUGGUGGAGCUCCCCCAGAAAUCUUACAAUCCAGGACCCUAAGGACACACCUUCCCCUAGAUAUCAACUUCAGAGGAUGCAUGAAGGGUUUCCAGUUCCAAAAGAAAGAUUUCAAUUUAUUGGAACAGACAGAAACCCUGGGAGUUGGUUAUGGAUGCCCAGAAGACUCUCUUAUAUCUCGCAGAGUGUAUUUCAAUGGGCAGAGUUUCAUUGCUUCAGUUCAGAAAAUAUCUUUCUUUGACGGCUUUGAAGGAGGUUUUAAUUUCCGAACAUUACAGCCAAGUGGGUUACUAUUCUAUUAUGCUUCAGGGUCCGACGUGUUCUCCAUUUCACUGGAUAACGGUACUGUCAUCAUGGACGUCAAGGGGGUCAAAGUUCAGUCGGCAGAGAAGCAGUACAAUGACGGGCUGUCCCACUUCAUCAUCACCUCCGUCUCACCCACCAGAUAUGAACUGAUGGUAGAUAAAAGCAAACAUGUGAAUAAGAAUCCUGCCAAAGGAAAAGCCGAACAGACACAAGCAGGUGAAAAGAAGUUUUACUUCGGCGGCUCACCCGUCAGAACCCAGUAUGCUAAUUUCACAGGCUGUAUAAGUAACGCCUACUUUACCAGGUUGGAUAGAGACGUGGAGGUUGAAGAUUUCCAGCGGUAUUCUGAAAAGGUCCAUACCUCCCUUUAUGAGUGUCCCAUAGAGUCUUCACCAUUGUUUCUCCUUCAUAAAAAAGGGAAAAAUUUCUCAAAGCCGAAACCAAGUCAGAAUAAGAAGCUUUCCAACAGCCCUCGGGCAAUCGAGCACGCCUAUCAGUAUGGAGGAACAGCCAACAGCCGCCAAGAAUUUGAACACUUAAAAGGAGAUUUCGGUGAAAAAUCUCAGUUUUCCAUUCGUCUGAAAACUCGUUCCUCCCAUGGGAUGAUUUUCUAUGUCUCGGACCAAGAAGAGAAUGACUUCAUGACUCUAUUUCUGGCCCACGGCCGCUUGGUUUUCAUGUUUAAUGUGGGCCACAAGAAACUGAAGAUAAGAAGCCAGGAGAAAUACAAUGACGGAUCGUGGCACGAUGUGAUAUUUAUUCGAGAAAAGAGCAGCGGCCGACUGGUAAUAGAUGGUCUUCGAGUCCUAGAAGAAAGUCUUCCUCCUACUGCAGCUACCUGGAAAAUCAAGGGUCCCAUUUAUUUGGGAGGUGUGGCUCCAGGAAGGGCUGUGAAAAAUGUCCAGAUUAAUUCGGUCUACAGUUUCAGCGGCUGUCUCAGCAAUCUCCAGCUCAAUGGGGCCUCCAUCACCUCUGCUUCCCAGACAUUUAGUGUGACUCCUUGUUUUGAAGGUCCGAUGGAAACAGGAACUUAUUUCUCAACAGAAGGAGGAUAUGUGGUUCUAGAUGAAUCUUUCAAUAUUGGAUUAAAGUUUGAAAUUGCAUUUGAAGUCCGUCCUAGAAGCAGUUCCGGAACCCUUGUCCAUGGCCACAGUGUCAAUGGGGAGUACCUAAAUGUUCACAUGAAAAAUGGGCAGGUCAUAGUGAAAGUCAAUAAUGGCAUCAGAGACUUUUCCACCUCAGUAACUCCCAAACAGAGUCUCUGUGAUGGCAGAUGGCACAGAAUUACAGUUAUUAGAGAUUCAAAUGUGGUUCAGCUGGAUGUAGACUCUGAAGUGAAUCAUGUGGUUGGACCCCUGAAUCCAAAACCAGUUGAUCACAGGGAGCCUGUGUUUGUUGGAGGUGUUCCAGAGUCUCUACUGACGCCACGCUUGGCUCCCAGCAAACCCUUCACAGGCUGCAUCCGCCACUUUGUCAUUGACGGGCGCCCAGUGAGCUUCAGUAAAGCAGCCCUGGUCAGCGGUGCAGUGAGCAUCAACUCCUGUCCAGCAGCCUGACUUAGCAGAACACAGCUGCCCAACGACAAAGUUCUUUAGAGCACUGAGAUGAACACAAAGCCAGCCAAGAAGAACAGCAGCUCUUCUGGUGGCAGCAUUCCUCUAGUUACCAGGACUUAAACGAAUCAUCAGGGACUGUAUGCUUCUUAUUUUCAAUCUGGAUUCUCACCUUGGAUACAAAAUGUCUACAAUGGACAACAAUGGAAGCAGUGGUAAACUUACUUGUAUUGAAAGCACACACUUACUUCCUACUGGUGAAAUUACCGUUCCGGUUUCUAAUAAAACAGAAGGGAUUCUAAAUAAACACUGGCACACAU